AUGGGCAACCCGGUCUUCUUCGACGUUGCCUGGGAGGGCCCUGUCAUGGAAGGUGGCAAGCCUACCAAUGCUGUUAAAGAACAGUCUGGUCGCAUUGUCUUCAACCUCUAUGACGACGUCGUUCCCAAGACCGCCAAGAAUUUCCGCGCCCUCUGCACUGGUGAAAAAGGCUUUGGGUACUCGGGGUCGUGUUUCCAUCGCAUUAUCCCCCAAUUUAUGCUUCAGGGCGGCGACUUUACCCGCGGCAACGGCACCGGUGGCAAGUCGAUCUAUGGUGAGAAGUUCGCCGAUGAGAACUUCAAUUUGAAGCACGACCGCGCGGGCCUGCUGUCCAUGGCCAACGCUGGCCCCAACACAAACGGUUCUCAGUUCUUCGUCACCACUGUCGUGACCUCAUGGCUCAACGGGCGACACGUCGUCUUCGGCGAGGUAGCUGAUGAGGAGUCUAUGAACAUUGUCAAGGCCCUCGAGGCCACUGGUUCACAGAGCGGUGCUGUAAAGUAUAGCAAACGCCCAACUAUCGUGAAGUCUGGUGAGCUGUAA